CUCUAGUUCAUGGUAAACAUUUGAUCGAAUGCGAUUCCAGCAUCACCGAUGCGCUUCGCCGCAAGUCACGCGUGAUGAUGCGAGACUUGUACAGACUGGGUGCAACGUGCAAAGAUGGCGUAACGAACUUUGUCAACAUUGCUUUUAAUUUAGAUCUAUCUUACUUUCACGAUAACAGCAACCAUUGCGAUGGAGAAAACAGACAGGUUUACUAGCGAGUGGUUUCUGCAUCAAAAGGGGGAUUGGGUUCGUACGUUAUCAAAAAUUCCUGAGUUCGAUGUAGGCAAAUUAAAGCAUUAUUUGACUGAAAGUAGAAACAAGACUUUUGACAAAGAAGGUAUGAGAGCUUACAAAUCGUUAAAAGCGUACAAGUUUUUUGAGGAGGGGUAUGUGCAGAAGAUUUCGUCACUGCAGAUGGACAACUCUUUCCUUGCACGGGCAGAGGUGAUGGCUUCCAUGGCACAAAGAGUGUACAAACCGUACGUUUGUCUAAGUCUCGAAGGGGAUGUCCAGGGUGGAUCCUGUGAUUGUGUCGCAGGGAAGGGUGAGGCAUGCGGCCAUAUAGCAGCAUUGCUGUUUGCAUUGGAUGACUUUGUUGCUAAGGGACUGAAAGAUCUACCAGAGGACAGGUCUUCUACAGAAAAACUGUGCCAAUGGAACAAACCAGCAAAGAGAAAGACAGAGCCUAAAACUAUACACAAUAUCAGGAUAGUCAA